ACUUACAGUCAAAUACCAUGUUACCAUGUUGGCCAUCAGCAUCUGAAGGCCAACCCAAUUUGAAUUCAGUCAUUUAACCUUGAAAAGUCAUGAUUGCUUAUAUAAAAAUGCCAGAUGUGUGAGAGCAAAACUCUUCAACAAUCAAUGUAAACUCUAUGUUGAAAUAAAAAGGAAAUGAAUGAAAGAAAGCUGUUUAUGUUUUAAUAAAACAUGCACAAAGUUUGAUAAAUAGAUUCAUUGAGACAAAAAAAGAACAUCACUGGAUGUAUAACCUUCAAUGGUUAAAUAGAGAAAAUAUGCUUACCUGGAGUCAAAAGAUCAUUUCAAUCUCAAACACAAGUCCUUAACAACAAACGACGGUGGGAAAACAGAAUGGAUGACAUGAAAGGAGAAGGACAGGAGGAAACUUUUUUUCCCACAAUGUCAUUUUCAAAUCCCUUUUUCACCUAAGGUUAUUAGUGAACACCGAUCUGUGUGGGAUAAAUUUUACUUUGGUUGCAAGGAAAAAAAGUUCACUGGCCAGUUUGGCAGGCAAUUAAUAAUAGUUUGUUAUGUCCCGUAUAAUUGUCAUCAGGAAUAUUGUUUCAGUUAUAUGAAGGUCUGAAAACGCCAGGCCAUCUCCCAUGAACAUAUUCUAUUCAUUCAUUGGUUGCUGUUCACUAGAGCAUCCGUUUUACAUUUUAGAACUCUGUAUCUGGCGUAAUCUCAGUGAAGAGGCAGAAAAAUCUCAAAUUAUUCUGAGAUUUUCUUUCAGAAACUUUGAUCCAGUGUAAGUAUUUAAGCAGGUUAGAGUUUGGGUGAGUUUAAACUCAGAUUUAGAUGUCUUUAAAAAUACAGUUUUGCAGAAGUUUUCAAGUUGUCAACAAAAUUAACAAACACAAAAUUAGUUGAUCAUUUUGUUUUUGAUUAGUCAUUAAGUGUUGAAAUAUUCAAGCUAAUUUUUCAGCAUAGUCAGAAACUUAGAGAAAUAAACUUUUUAAAGUAAACUGGUCAUUUUAUAAGCAUACCUUAAGGGGUGUUCAGAUUGACUCAAUUGCAUUCCAUUGCACUGCUUCCUCCUGUCCAUUUCGCUGUGGCGUGAAACCUCGUUGUGAAUAAUUAAGAAACAUUAGCAGCUUCUGUUGUCUUGGAAACACUGCGCUGCAUGACUCUCGCACUGCAACCACGGACAGAAACCCGACAAAACUCCCACCGUGCUUUCACCACACACACACUGUAAGGGAACAUAAUGGAAUGGCAGAACACAUCGAUCUGAACAACCUUCACUGAUGAAUGUGCAGGCUGCCAGCGAUUACUACUCCCUCUAUCCCACGACCUCGUCGCUGGCUUUCCUGCAUGUAUGGACCACAGCGAGAUAUGUCAUCACUGCCACUUGACUAGAUACAGAAGAAACUGGAAAUUGGACUGAGAGAAGCGGCUCCAUGGGAAUCGCCCAAAAUGGCUCUUUUAAGAGCCACUAAAAACCAUUAAGAUCUUGAUCAACUUUGUGUUCUGCCGUGUAUGAGGUUCACAAAAAACUUUUGUACUUGAUUUUUUAAAUAUAUUAAACGAACCAAAACAAACAUGUAUGAAAAAAUUACAAAAAUAUGAUAUUCACAAAUAUGUUCUUAUUUUGAAUUUAUGUAACAUUUAAAUUGAGAACACAUCAUAAGAGUACAAAUAAUUAAUAAAACACAAUAUACAAUAUAAUAUAAUACAAAUGUUUAUAAAAAUUGAUAAUCAUGUAUACGUCACAGAACCUAUUCCAUCAUCUUUUACAAGUUUCAACUGAAAAAAAAAGAACAGCUAUCGUCUGCUGGAAUAAUAGAGUUAGGGUUUUGAACUGAAACUGCCUCUUCUAAAGAAGAGACAGUGGUGCACGGUCCAUCCUAUGUUUUGCUGCAGGGCUCUAUGAUUUACUUUACUUAGUUUUUGUUAAGAUAUUCUAACUUAAUUUAGCUUUAGUUUCAUCUGAGUUUAGUUUUAGUUUAGUUACAUGCCUCCUUUACUUUACUUGUCCUUCUAAUUGGUAUUAUAAUUUGCUUUACCUAGUUUUUAGUGUUACGUUCUACAUGCAUCUUCUUUGGCUAUGCGUUUCAACAUAUCUGUGUCUUCAUCAGGCCCCAGUGCAUGUCCCCUCUGUGUCUCUUUUUUUUUUGGUUUGUUUCUUACUCCUUGUCUUUCUUUCUUCUUGGUCUUAGUUUCUUGACUCUUUGUCUUUCUUUCGCUCUCCCAGUGUUUUCCCUUUAUGCAACAUUUAAUUUUGAUAGGCGCCCCCUUUGUACUUUCAAACGUUCCUUGUUGAGUUUCUAAUUUGUACAGUUCUUAGUUUAAUUGUUGUUGGUCUUAUAUUUAGUUUUAGAUGCGAAUGAAAACCCCAUCAGCUCCUGACAGCGGCAGCAGGUGUCUCUCAUUAGGUGCAGGACAAAAAGAGAUGCUGCCUGUGUCAGUGAAACUCCGUGUCAGCAACAGGUAAGGUGUUCUUCUGUUCGGUUCUGCAGUUUUGACGGAGAGGGAAACUGGGCCUGUCCUGCACAGGCUUCCCUAGAAUCAGGCAUGGCUCCAGGGGUAACGGAGGCCCGCGUCCCUCCAGAAUCAGGCACGGCUCAGGAGGUAACGGAGGCCCGCAUCCCCCCAGAAUCAGGCAUGGCUGAGAGGGUAACGGAGGCCCGCGUCCCCCCAGAAUCAGGCACGGCUCAGGGGUUAAUGGAGGCCCGCAUCCCCCCAGAAUCAGGCAUGGCUCAGAGGGUAACGGAGGCCCGUGUCCCCCCAGAAUCAGGCACGGCUCAGGAAGUAAUGGCAGCCUAGGUCCCCCUAGAAUCAGACACGACUCUGGGGGUAACGGAGGUCCACGUCCCCCCAGAAUCAGACAUGGCUCUGGGGGUAACAGAGGCCAUAGUACAGCGCUACCCAGUGUUGGUUCUAGGGAGAUUGUAGCUGUCGGUGGAAGACGCAGGACAAGCUGCAGCCAGGGUGGACCUACCCCGAAUCAGAGCAUCAAACCUUGAGGAAAGGUGGAAACAUUUUCCCCGAUCCAUGGGUAAACACCUGGCUGACUACAAAGUGUCCCUGAGCUGAAUUAAUCCAACCAAGUUUGAAAAAUAUGCUGUACGUGCGAGGGUCUAAACUGUGAAGCGGUUCCUGUCCUUCAUGGGAUAUCAAGCCCGUCAGACACAUGACCUGCUCUUCCUUGACGAUGUUCAACGAAUAUACAGGUCAGGUUUUUUUCCUUUGCUUAUUUGGAUUGGAUUGGUUUCGAGGACCUGAGAAGAAUCGAGGAUCCCUUUUCCAGUACUGGAUGGCGAGCCCAGCCCAACGAGCCGGAUGAACUGGUAGAUUGUAACCCGACUGGUUACAAACACACUGAGUGACUGUUGAACAUUGACAGACUGAAAUUGACUUUAAAAAAGACACAAAAGACAAUAUAUCCUUGGGUCGACCAUUUGUGGGGUUUAUUUUAUUUUAUUUUGUUUUCAAAAGCGCGCUCUACUUUUGUUCAAUGUGCACAACCUGCUAAAUUUUAAUAAUUGCUAAUAAAUGCAAUUGUGUUUUCUACACUUACUGUGUACAAGUCCUCUGUUGUCAUACACCCUUGGCUCCUACGAAUCUAGAACCUGUCUGAUCUGGCCCAUAUUUCCCUUCUGUCCUCGUACUGUGGUUAAAGGUAAUUAUACUGCCCGUACUACAUACAAAGAAGGCGAGAAGUAACACUAACAGGUCUUACAUGCCCACUACUAGUAUUGCACCACCAGUGUUACAUAAGUUACAAAAGUGGCGAGCCAGCCAGGAGCCAAGAGUGUUGUGUGACAACAUUGGAAUCCUCUUUGACCUUUGAUCAGUCCCUCACAUACGGUGAAAAUGGAUAUUGUCGAGAAGUAUGCCGUUAAAGUACCAAAUGCCAUUAUUGUUAGCGGUGUUACAGAUAGAGAGGAAGACAAAGAGGUAUUUGAGUUUCUGGAGCAACAUGGUACUAUUCGUAGAGUGCUCGCUGUCGAUGAUGACUCUUCUGCAUUCCACAAAAGUCAGAUUGUAGAGUUUGAGUCCGGUGCAUCCAUUGAAAUAUUAGCACCUAAGCUGCCUUACCUCUUACAAUCCACUGACAAUCCAGAUGUCAGUUACCGCAUUCGAGCCUUAACGGACGUCUAUACUAAAACCGUAGGGCGCAGUGUUACUGAGGCUUACAUUAGCAACCUGAAGGGUUUAGCCAAGUUAAGUGGGAAGGAUUUCGAAGAAGUGUUGCGGGAGGCCAUGUCCACAAUAGGGAAGACCAUCGAAGCUGCUGAGACAGCUGAGAUAAACCCCGAAAAUGAUACUGCUGAUCAGACUUGCCCUGUGGUAGGAUCCACACAACUUGGAGCCUCACCUUCAGUCUUAACUGAACUGCCUCACCCUCCUGAACCCAUUCAGGGCACAUUCCAACGCCCCAUGAGACCAAACUUGACACCUCAAAUGUUGAGCCCAACUGACCUCAACCCACCAGAGGUUCAGAAAAUAGUAGUUGAGCAUGUUGUCAAGAGUGUUGAGAAGACAUCACAUGCUCACUCCACAUUAAGACUCAGAGCUUUCUCUGGCAAGAUGCCCAGACCCUACAGCGAAGCUGACUAUGAAACAUGGCGUUCUCACGUUGACUUGUUGAUGGAAGAUGCUUCAUUGUCUGAGCUGGAAAAAACUCGUAAGAUUCUUGAAAGUCUCCUUGCUCCCGCUUCUGAUGUCAUCCGCCCUCUUGGGCCAGAAGCCACUCCUGCAGACUAUCUUAAACUUCUGGAUUCAGCUUUUGGCACCGUCGAAGACGGUGAGGAACUGUUUGUACGCUUUAUGAACACCCUCCAAGAUCACGGUGAAAAGCCCUCUGCUUAUCUGCUUCGUUUGCAGGUGGCGCUCAAUCACACCGUGCGCAGAGGUGGGCUUGAACCACAUGAAGUAAACAAGCAGCUUCUUAAACAGUUUUACAGAGGCUGCUGGGAUGAUAACUUGCUAACGGAGUUGCAGUUGGAGCUAAAGCAUAAGGAGCCACCCACUUAUGCAGAGCUAUUGCUUCUCCUGCGUACUGCAGAAAACCGACAAGAAGUUAAAAGCACACGAAUGAAGAAACACUUUAGUGCCACAAAACCAAAAGCAGUGUCUCAUGAACAGACGGUCACUCAAACAAAUGCAGAUAUUCGUCAAGCAGAGUCAGAUAGUCUAGAAGAGCUCAAAAAACAAGUUGCCGAUCUAAAAAGCCAAUUAGCUGCCGUCGUGAAGCCAAAGAAACAAGCAACAAUGAAGACAGUUCGAACAAGGAAACCUGAAAAUAAAAAACCUGACCAUGCCAAACCUGAAAACUCACCUCCAACCAGCCGCCCCAGUACUAGGCCCAAGCCCUGGUAUUGCUUCCGCUGUGGGGAGGAUGGACAUAUAGUAGCCACUUGUGAAUCGGAGCCCAAUCCUGCCCUUGUAGUUGCAAAACGAAAGGAACUAAGAGUGAGAAGGCAGAUAUGGGACCGGCAGAAUGACCAGCUUUCUUUAAACUAAAUUCUGCCUCCGUUGCGGGACAAAUGGAGGCUGAUGCUUUGUUAACCCGUCCCACCCAGGUUAAACAAAAAGCUUCACCUAAAAAGCGUGCCAGCCUAAAGUCACACACAAGAACAGAUUCCUUUGACCUUCCUAAAGGUCUAAUUGGUACAAAGAGUACUGCACAAGUGAAAGUUAAUGGUCACACAGUGAGUUGUUUGCUAGAUACUGGUUCCCAGGUGACUACAGUCCCCGAGUCCUACUAUCGUCAGCAUUUGUCCUCUCAUGAGAUUAAGCCAUUGUUUGAACUUUUAGAAGUUGAGGGUGCCAACGGUCAGUCUGUGCCUUACUUAGGCUACAUUGAACUGCAUGUCACUUUCCCAAAAGAAUUCCUUGGCAUUGAAGCUGAAGUGCCGACACUUGCCUUAGUUGUCCCCGAUGUGCGCACAGCUUCUCAGUCCUUAGUGCUAAUUGGGACAAACACAUUAGAUGUACUUUAUGAGCUGUACUCUGAUGCAUGCCAUGAACUGCAGCUGAACCUGCCAUAUGGCUAUAGGGCAGUUCUAAAAGUUCUUGAGUCACGUCACAAACAGUCCAAAGACAGUAGUCUUGGUUUAGUGACGAUGCACAACAAACAGCCACAGUUGAUUCCAGCAGGCCAAACUGUUGUUCUAGAUGGUGCUGUAGCUGUGUCAGCCGGUAACGGUGAAAAGUCAGUCUUGUUAGAGUAUCCACGAAUGUCAGCCUUACCUGGUGACAUUCUUGUGAAACCUUGUCUCAUAGACCUACCUGAACGAGCACCUUACCUUGUUCCAGUUAUACUUACCAAUGAAUCCGAACAUGAUGUGACAAUCCCUCUAAAUUGUGUCAUCGGAGAAGUUAGUGCAUAUCAAAGAGUUCUAUCUCACGAACACUCAGUGAGAACUCCAAGAUCCCGAACUGAGCAGAAGUCAAAUGUAACCUUUAACUUUGACUCUUCCCCUCUUAGCGCUGAAUGGAAGGAGCGCAUAACCGAAAAGCUAAGCCAAAUGCCCGAAGUGUUCGCACAAAAUGAUCUCGACUUUGGAAAGACAGGUCAAGUGAAACACACAAUCAGAUUGUCAGAUGAAACACCGUUCAAGCACAGAGCGCGUCCCAUCCAUCCGAACGACCUGGAAGCAGUCCGUAAGCACCUCAAAGAACUGCAAGAAGCUGGUGUGAUCAGGGAAUCUACCUCCCCUUUCUCUUCACCCAUUGUAGUCGUGCGGAAGAAAAAUGGUGAAGUCCGCCUCUGUAUCGACUACAGAAAGCUUAACGCGCAGACUAUAAGAGAUGCUUACGCUCUCCCCAAUUUGGAGGAAACGUUUUCCACCUUGAUCGGGUCACAAUGGUUCUCUGUCCUGGAUUUAAAAUCGGGGUACUACCAAAUUGAGAUGGAGGAGCUGGACAAACCCAAGACGGCGUUCGUAUGUCCCAUCGGCUUUUGGGAAUUUAAUAGAAUGCCCCAAGGCAUUACAAACGCCCCCAGCACGUUCCAGCGACUCAUGGAAAAAUGUAUGGGCGACAUGAACCUGCGUGAAGUGAUCGUGUUUCUUGAUGACAUCAUUGUAUUUUCCAAGACGCUCGAAGAACAUGAGGCUCGCUUAAUGAAAGUUCUUGAUCGCCUGAAAGAAUAUGGGCUCAAACUCUCACCCGAGAAAUGCAAGUUUUUCCAAACUUCUGUCAGAUAUCUUGGGCACAUUGUGUCCAGCAAGGGAGUGGAGACUGACCCUGAAAAGGUGGAAGCCUUAAGUACCUGGCCUGUGCCUCGUGAUCUUAAACAGCUUCGCUCAUUCUUAGGUUUUUCAGGGUACUACAGGCGGUUCAUUAAGAACUAUUCGAGUAUCAUUAAGCCCCUCACUGACUUAACAUCAGGCUACCCUCCUUUGCGCAAAAGCACAAAGCCUAAGGCUAAGUCUGUAAAGUACCAUGACCCCAAGACACCUUUCGGCGAGCGAUGGACUCCCUCUUGUGAUCUUGCUUUCAAAACCAUCAUUGAAAAGCUCAGUACUGCACCUGUAUUGGGUUUUGCUGACCCUAAACUGCCAUAUACGCUCCAUACCGACGCCAGCACUACAGGGCUUGGCGCCGCGCUCUAUCAAGAGCAGAAUGGCCAGACCAGGGUGAUAGCUUAUGCAAGCCGUGGGUUGUCCAGGAGUGAAUCUCGUUAUCCCGCCCAUAAGCUAGAGUUCUUAGCCUUGAAGUGGGCAGUGACGGAAAAGUUUGCAGAUUACUUAUAUGGAAAUCAGUUUACUGUCAUGACAGACAGUAAUCCUCUGACAUACAUAUUAACUACUGCAAAGAUGGAUGCCAUGAGUUACAGAUGGCUAGCUGCCCUGUCAACGUUUAGCUUUAAGCUCCAGUACAGAGCAGGCAAGCUUAACUCAGAUGCAGAUGGCCUUUCUAGACGGCCACAUGGCGAGUUGCUUAACGAUGCAGUGUCCCAAAAAGAGUUCGACCGCAUACAGCAGUUCACACAGACUCACCUGUCCCUACCUGACAGCAGUUUGAGUCCUGAAGUAGUGUCUGCUAUUUGUGAGAAACACCUUGUAUGCAGCUCUCAAAAUGACACCAUCCCUUUGGUUCACUCGCUAGCCAUUUCUGCAGCUGCCAUUCCAGGUGACUUUGUCAAUGAAAAUGACUGUGGUGGUCUUCCUGUUAUACCCCAUAUGUCCCCUGAACAGAUCACAAAAGAACAAAGAACAGACCCUUGUCUGAGGGAAGUCAUUGCACAAAUUGAAACUGGAGAGAAAGUCCCACCAACUGUGCGAGCCGAACUUCCUGACAUCAACCUUCUACUCCGAGAGCUCAAUCGAUUGGCGAUGCACAAUAACAUCCUGUACCGAACUCGCCAAGAUGGAGGAGAUGUUACUUACCAGCUUGUCUUACCUGAACAGCUCCGUGACUCAGUCUUCCAAAGCCUCCACUGUGACAUGGGCCAUUUAGGCACUGAGCGUACCUUAGAUCUUGCCCGAACAAGGUUCUAUUGGCCUCGCAUGGCAGCAUAUAUAGAACACAAGAUCAAAACAUGCAACCGCUGUGUAAGACGCAAAACUCCUCCAGAAAAAGCAGCUCCACUUGUGAAUAUCAAAUCCAGCAGACCCCUCGAAUUAGUCUGCAUGGACUUCCUGUCCAUUGAGCCUGAUCGAAGUAAUGUAAAGGAUGUGCUUGUAUUAACUGAUCAUUUCACGAAAUAUUCAUUAGCCAUCCCUGCCAGCAAUCAGAAAGCUCAGACCGUUGCAAAAGCCCUUUGGGACAACUUCAUAGUCCACUACGGGAUACCCGAACGAUUGCAUAGCGAUCAAGGUCCCGACUUCGAGUCCCACCUUAUCCAAGAGCUUUGCAAGAUCAUGGGCAUUCGCAAAAUUCGGACAACACCCUAUCACCCCAGAGGGAACCCGGUAGAACGUUUCAAUAGAACGUUACUAGGUAUGCUAGGUACUCUUGAGGAAAAGGACAAAACUCAGUGGCACAACUAUGUCAAACCACUUGUUCAUGCGUACAAUUGUACGAAAAAUGAUACAACUGGUUUUGCCCCAUAUGAGUUGAUGUUUGGCCGUCAGCCAAGAUUGCCAGUCGAUCUAGCAUUUGGGCUGCCCUUUAACAACAAAAGUUUCAAGUCGCAUUCUCAGUACAUAACAAAACUAAAGGCAACUCUACAAGAGACCUACAAACUAGCAACAGACCAUGCUAACAAAAUAGCAGAAAGAAACAAAACAAGGUUUGAUAUGCGAGUGAAACCCUCAAAACUAGAGCCAGGUGACAGAGUUUUGGUGCGUGCAGUCCGUCUCAGAGGCAAGCACAAGCUAGCCGACAAGUGGGAGACUGAUAUUCACAUUGUGGUGAACCAAGCAGGUGACUUGCCCGUCUACAGUAUAAAACCCCUAACGAAAGAGGGCCCAGUCCGCACAGUCCACCGCGAUCUCUUGCUCCCUUGUGGUUUUCUUGCCCCUGUUGAGGAGAAACCUGUCCAACCAACUCAUGUACGCAAACCAAAAACAAGGCAAUCACCUAAACAACAUGAAGAAUGUGAUCAUUCGGAACUGGAGGAUGAGGAUGUCUGUUGGUUCAGAGAGGAACCUAUUCAAGAGCCCAUAAAGGUCACUCGAGUCUAUGAGAUUCCCCAGCCAAAGACACACCCUAAUGAUCACAAUAUUGCUGACACUCACUUGCCCGGAGGAGACAACUUACAUGAACAUGACAACUUGCCUGGACGUGACAACUUAUAUGAACAUGACAACUUGCCUGGAGGAGACAAUUUAACCGGAUGUGACAACUUACCUGAAAGUGGAAAUCCACUUGGAUGUGGAAGCCUAGAGGAGAGUGAAACCAUGGUGGAACACUCAAACACCGACAAUGAAAGCGAGAGUGACUCUAACUUACCCGAUGGACCUACCUGUGAUGGGCCAGUGGAAGACAACUCAAGUGAUAAUCAAGCCAACUCAAGUCAGUCAAAUACUGAGAGUGAAGCCGCAGCGGCUGUAAGGCGCUCAGAGAGAACAAGAACCCAACCAGAACGACUACAAUAUAGUCAGUUGGGAAAUCCCCUCGUUUCCAUUGCUCAGUCCCUGUUUCAAGGUCUAAGCCUGGCUUUUACCAAUGCCUUGACAGAACAAGAUUCUGUGGUCAUCCCCAUUAAUGCGGGUUCCCCUGUCAUUACCGUUUAGCUAUCCCAUGCAAAGGGACUUGCAUGAUUCUAAGGGGGGAUAGUGUAACCCAGUGUUAAAAACGGGAUUAAAAGCAUAAAUAUGAAUACUCUUUUGAUUAAAAUGCUAAUUUCAUAAUGGUAAUAAAUAUUGAUAAAAAGAACUUAAAUAUAAUAAAUACUGAUAAAAAGCGUGUAAACAUAAGUUUAAUUAAUAUGUACGUAUGUAUAUGUAAUAUAUAAAUGGUGUGGAGGCAGGACUUAGUCCUGUGGAGUGUGUUUGUUAGAUCCACUGAGCGACCAAUCAUUGGCCGGUCUGACCCCUCCCCCAGUCUGUGUGCGCUGCUCAGACACCUGUGCGCGCCUGCGUGUGCCAGCCAGAAAGCGCCAGAGACACAGACGGUGAACAGUCCGGUUACCCGUGCGGUGAAGAAGCUAGCUGGAUAGUAAAAGUCCUGUUUUCAGUGAGAAUAAUAAGAGUGAUACUGUACUCCAGAGGCCGUGAGCCAGCGUGAGCACUGUGAAGCCCCGUGUAGCAUUUGUUGCUUCACAUGGUAAGUCCCAGGCAGUGCACGUGCGCUAGCAUAGCAUGCUACUUGCCGCUAGCUCCGAUGCUAACUUCCGCUAGCCAUUUUGCAAUGAAAGUGCCCUUUCGGAGGCUAAAGCAAUUAGCACUGAGUCUGCUGCACUUUAUACGAAAUGUUCUUUAAAGGUUCAUGUCACAUUACUGUGGUAUUGAUGUAUAAUGUAUGGUUUUGUGCGAAGUUAUAUUAGCACAUGUUCACUGUUCUCAUGGUGCUAAUUAUAGUUCUGCACACUGAGUAUUAGCAACGUGAAAUUAAGUGCCUUCACCUGCACUUUACUUAGCUGAAACUUGAUAAGUCUCAAGCCAAUGUGUAUUUUUAAUGCACUGCUGAGCUAUUUUGUAUUAUUUUAAAUGUGUGUUUCCUAUGCACUUUUUCCCUUUUGAAAUUAGAAUAACUUGUUGUACAACAUAUUUUGAAAGAAAUUUAGAAACACUACAAGCAACUACUGGUAGUAAUAAGUUACAGAUAUCAUAGCUUAAAUGUUGAACUACUGUGUUCUGGCCUGGUCCCCAGGUCAGGUUUUUUUCCUUUGCUUAUUUGGAUUGGAUUGGUUUCGAGGACCUGAGAAGAAUCGAGGAUCCCUUUUCCAGUACUGGAUGGCGAGCCCAGCCCAACGAGCCGGAUGAACUGGUAGAUUGUAACCCGACUGGUUACAAACACACUGAGUGACUGUUGAACAUUGACAGACUGAAAUUGACUUUAAAAAAGACACAAAAGACAAUAUAUCCUUGGGUCGACCAUUUGUGGGGUUUAUUUUAUUUUAUUUUGUUUUCAAAAGCGCGCUCUACUUUUGUUCAAUGUGCACAACCUGCUAAAUUUUAAUAAUUGCUAAUAAAUGCAAUUGUGUUUUCUACACUUACUGUGUACAAGUCCUCUGUUGUCAUACACCCUUGGCUCCUACGAAUCUAGAACCUGUCUGAUCUGGCCCAUAUUUCCCUUCUGUCCUCGUACUGUGGUUAAAGGUAAUUAUACUGCCCGUACUACAUACAAAGAAGGCGAGAAGUAACACUAACAGGUCUUACAUGCCCACUACUAGUAUUGCACCACCAGUGUUACAUAAGUUACAGCUGACUGAGAGGUCCUUCAAGGUCUCCACAAUCGUGUCCUAUUCAAAACGAGGAAAACACUUUGUCACAUACCUGAGUGAAGCCCCACCGGUGCAGUGCAGGCUCUCUAAGAACCAGAUUUUUCGCAUCCUCCGUACCCUCAAGAGUUGUGUCACCGAGGUCUCUAAAAGCCUUCCCACCUACCAGGUGGAACUGAGGGCCAGCAAAGCGGGGAAAACUCUGGAUUGAAUCAAGGCCCUCCAGAUCUUCAGUCUGGCGCUCUCCCAACUGAGCUAUUUCGGCUGGUAACUCAUAUAGCGCCUGAACACAGACUUCACAAUGUAUGUAUUAGCGCGCAACGGACUUUUUCAUGGAUGGAGAACUUUUCGAACUUUUGCAGACUUGCCUGAUGAACAUCUAUUGAGAUCAAAAUGCAUUGCAACAACUGCAAUCUUUUUGUUUUGUUGUGAUUAAAAGAAACUUUGACACAACAGUUUGAUUAUUUUAAGUUUAUCUUUAGUUUAGCUUAGCUGCACAGUUUAGUUUAUUUUAGUAAAUCUGGUCAUUUCACUGAACGCCAACAACACCAGAACCUGAUGUGGCGUCCGGAGCUGGAAGACGAGGCCAGCUGGACUCGUUUCGCCUCCAAGAAUUCUUGCCGCAGGAACAGGGACCAGGGCCGCUCUCAUCGAGCACCGAAGAGAUCCACACAUCAGUGGCAUUCACUGGAGAGACGCCGAACCUUUGCCGAAGUGGCUGGGAUGAGACCUGCAGGCACAAGAGAGAACGACAGUCAGAUGAGGUGGAUUUCCCACGAUCGAAGCCAAAACAGGUGCUCCUACCAAUAGCCAACGGCCCGCUACGUUCCAGACAAUAGAAAAAAUACCAGACAAUCAACAGACACCACUUCGCCACCAAUGCAGCAGAGAACAGGACAACUCACCAUCUCAGCACAAGAAGACGGUGUAACAUUGUCAACGAGCCCCAUCAAGCACAGGCUGGAGUCCAGUGUGCAGACACAUCUCAUCCUCACCUCCACACGACCUACAACGUCCACACCAAGAACCUCUGAAGCACCAAGACUGACACCAAUCACCGCUGUGCGAGUGGAGACACCAACCACCUGAUAAUCUCACAACACACAAUCUGAGACCUUGCCCACCAACAAUACAGUGGGUGAGAAAGCCAACCAGACACCCAUCAACAUUUAAUAAAACAACUGACUGGUCCCUCACCAUCCACAAAAAACAUGCUAUUGUGGGGGAUUCUAACAUUAGCAAGCUUCCAUCUCUCAGGGCUCCUGAUCUUCAAAUGGACAGCUUCCCAAGGCCCAAAUUGGUAACAUGCUCAAGCUAUCUUUGAUAAGAUGUCGACCAAUCGCACAGUCAAGAAACUGAUCUUGUCCUUUGGCAUAAAUAACAGAUCAUAGUCUGAUAAAGACACAGCUGUUAACGACAUGAUAGGAGCAAUCUAUGCAGCUCAACUGAAAUGUCCUGAAGCUGAUGUCUUUGUGCCAAUCAUAAACUUUUCUUCCUCUAUCCCACCUAGAGAGCAAACGGUUUUACUGCACAUGAAUAACUAUUUUCUAAAAAAAACAUAUAACCACAUUCCAGCUCUGCAGGGGGACUUUGAGACAGAGCAGGACCUAAUCCACUGGACCAAAACAGCAUCCAACAUCCUGAACCACUGGUAUGAUCAUGUAAAAUAGAUGUCCCCAGAAGCCUUAUGGGUCAGGAGGGGAAUAACAGAGUCAUCAAUUUGUCUAAAAAACUCUGUUUGACUGAUGCACAGCUUAUCUUGUCAGAGAAAGGUCUAACUUUUAUCCUCACAACGGGCUGUAACAAGAAAAAGAUGAUGUUUCAAUAUAGACAUGACUUGCAGCAAUAUCACAGAAGGGUUAAACUUGCAGUUUAUUAUGAAAAUGAACCUGAUACUGAGCCUCAACAGUUUACUUUAAAGUCCGAUUGGUCUCCAGCAGCCAGCAGGCUCCCUUCCCAGUUGCUCCAUCUAAUUGAUAAGGAUCUACAAUAUUUUGAUGAGGAAUUCAAACCGAACAGAGUCCAGCCUUUCAACAUAAGGAGUGGUUACAAAACAAAGUAAACAAAAAUGUGUACCUGACCCGUUGUAGAGGCAGUCCCCACUCCAAAAACUGUGUAUAUCUGAUCACAUGUCAGCAAGGCGGACUGCAAUAUGUGGGAGAGACCGGUAACACCAUCCUGGUCAGAUUUACACAGCACAGGUAUAACAUCAACCCCCAAAAGGAUAACCAUGUUCCUCUCAUUACCCACUUUGUUGGAAAAAUGUGAGGGCCACAGUGGUCCACGGCACAGAGGAGGAGAUCUGAAAGGCUGUGGAUUAACACACUGAACACCGUUCACCCCAGAGGCCUGAAUGAGAAGUUCAAUUCAUUUCACUUUUAUUUAUAUAGCGCCAAUUCCCAACAAAUGUCAUGUCAAGGCACUUUACAACAAAAGUCAUUUCAAUAUAAUUAUACAAACAUUCCAAUCAGUUAAAGGUUUUCUAUGUAAGGAAUCCCAGCAGAUUGUGCUGAGUCAUUGACGUGAGGUUGUGUCCUGAUCAUGCAGACUCCAACCAUAGCAAUCCCUCAUACUGAGCAAGCAUGUAGCAACAAUGGAGAGGAAAAACUCCCCUUUAACAAGAAGAAACCUCCGGCAGAACCAGAACCAGAACCUGGCUCAGUACAAUCGGUCAUCUGCCACGACUGUCUGGGGGUCUGAGAAGACAGAGAAGAGACAGCAUGGAGGAUGCUCGGUCACUUAGAGCAUCAUCUGGACCGAUGUUCCCCAUCCAGCAGGGGGCAUUAUAGUUGAGCAGGAUACCAGACCGGGUGGAGCUUCUAUGGUGAGAAAAACACUGAGAGAAAACAAAGGUUAUCAAUCACAAUAACAGCAGAAAAAAUAUAUCUGGAGAGUAGUAGAAUAUAAAAGUAGAAGAGGGAAGAAAAGUGGUCAGAUUGUCCUCCAACAGUCUAAGCCUAUAGCAGCAUAACUACAGAGAUAACUCAGGAUAUCCUAAGACAUUCUAACUAUAAGCUUUAUCAAAAAGGAAGGUUUUAAGCCUAGUUUAAGUAGCCCCACAGACUGACAGUUAACCUGGUAUUCUUAUUUUUAUUUUUUUUUAGUUUUUUAUUUUUCUUUUUUUCUGACACCGUGCCCUAGCCUUAACCUGUCCUUACCUUGCCUUCCUACCCCACCUGCCCUAACCCUAUCAUCCUGUCUCAACCCUGACUUACCUGCUUUUGGUUGACUGUAGUCCUCACUCUUCCUCCUACCCCAUUCCUGGGUCCCUUCCUGGACACCUGCUUCUCCAAAACAGACCUUUGGGAGACUUCGGUCUCAGGCAGCAGGCUGGAGGGGCCAAGAUGUGAUGGCCUGUGCAUCCAUCUUUUCUAAUUCCUAACACUCUUUUAUUUUUAUUAUUAAUAUUGCGAUUUUAAGCCAAAAAGUAAAAUGGAACCAUGUUUAUGCUAGGAGAGGAUAGUUAUUGUCCCCAAAAACCCUACUUCCUUUUAAGUGCAGUCCAAAUUAGUUUUUAUUUUUAAACAACAAACGUUUCAGUUUGAAUUUUAAGCAUCAGAAGAAGCCCAUCCACAUUUUAAUUUUAUUUUAAUGAAAUAGCAUGUGAAACUGAUGUAUCUGUAUUUUUACUUACUUUACUAUGUAUUUGACUGAUAGUAAUAUUCUUUAAAAGUAAACUUUAUUAGCAGCCAGCAUGUUUGUCUCGUGGGAUUGCUUAUGGGUGUUUCUUUUUAAAGUAGAUAUGAUGAGUGAUAAUAUGAACUAAUAUAAAUGAACUCCAAAUGUAAGUAAGAAACCCUUUUUGAGUGUAAAGAGCAAACCAUCGACUGUAUCUACGAGCUGAGCCGAACUCUCGUGACGUCUCCCAAAGAAAAUGACUUUUAUUUCCAGCUCAUCAAACGAGGUUAUUUCAGUCGCCAUGUUGGAGCCAGAAUACAUCAGUCAGCACUCAUUGCUCCAAGUCAGAGAGACUCAUUGUUUUUAGGACAACCGCUCUGCCAACCAGGAGCAAACUUGACAGAGGCCCUGCUGUGAUUGGCCAAACUUUGGAACAUUCCCCAAGGUGGUUUUAUUGGGGCAUCUGAUUUGCCAGUUAAUAACUUGAAUAACUUUAGUUAAAUACCAAAUGUCACAGAAAAAAAAUUAUUAUCAGCAAGAACAUGUUAAACACCUGCUCUACCAUCACAGGGUGUGUACAGAUUUAUAGAAGUUAAAUUUAAGUCUUUUUAAGACCAUUUAAAAGCUCAUUUAAGACCAUGUAAACAGAAAAGAAAGAUCAUGUCUGGUUAUCAGACAUACAUCUAUAAACACUAAGUAAUCUAAGAACAGGUCGAAAUGAUAAAGCAGAAAAUGUAGCACCUCUCAAAUAUUAUUAAAAAAAUCCUAACUCAAACACUGAUUGUUUUGAAGAUUUGUGCCCUGCAGCAGCAGCAUCAGUUUGGACCGCAAGGACCAGAUUGUAAUCAGAAUGUUUAUUGUUACAAUUCUUUCUUAAUUUCAAGCCUCCAAAUCGCCCUCGACACAUACUCAAGUUUUUUUUUUAAGUGACAGGAAGGCACAUGGCUUUGACGAGACAUAAAAGAAAGACCCAGUUACCCAGAAUUUGAGACAAUGUUAUACUUUUUAAGGCCUUUAUUUAAAUUAAAUUAAAUUAAAUUGAAGACCUUUUAAGGAUCUGUAGACACCUGGUCAGGUGUGUCCAGCCAGUUAAAAGCAGGAACUGGAUAAAAGUGGGACAUUUGAAGGAAGUGAAAGCCCUCUUUUUCUUCUCCAACCUUUAUUUUACCAGGGAAGUCCAGUUGAGAUUUGACAUCUCUUUAUCAAAGGAGCCCUGGGAGUGCAGGGGGAGGGAAUCAGUCACACACUCACGGACAAUUUACAGACUCCAAUUAACCUACAGCAUGUUUUUUUUGGACUGUGGGAGAAAACCAGAGUACCCGGAGGAGACCCACGCAUGUAUGGGGAGAACAUGCAAAUUCUAGACAGGAAGGCCCCAGCUGGGAAUCAAACCUGGAACCUUCUGAUUAUGAGGCAGCAGUGCUAACCACUGUGCUUUCCACCAACCUCCUCGUUCUGCUUCUUAUUGGCUUAAACACACCUGGCCCAGGUGAUCAGCAGGAAGUACAACAAUUAAAUCCAGGAAACCAGGAUGGUGUUGGCCUUGAGGGAUUGAGUUUGACACCUGUGGUUUAGUGGAUUAUUGAUCCAAAACAAGAAGAUGAGCUCCAGUCAAAUCAAAGCACUGAGUCCAUAAUGGGUUCCAGCAUAGCUGUGGGUUUUAUUGAUUACAAACUGCACAGUCAGGAUCUCUCCUUUUGACUGUUGCUGCCAUGUGAAGAGCAUCAGAGAGGUUUUUAUUUGCAGCAGAAGAACUGCACGUCGUUGAGCGCCGUGUCAUCGCCCCUGCCCUGCGGAUCCUCCAA